CUUCACGCUUCCCUUUACACGGCUGACGCCCUGGAGCCCGUCUUUGAUUGGCACGUUGUUUAAUCCUCACGCCUCUCACAGGCCAUUUUUUAAUGCCUCCCGCAGCGACCUGAAACUGAAACCACGUUACUUUCCCCAUUAAAGUAACGCAUCAACCUUGCUGAGGCAGGAACGUUUAUAAAGAUCGCGCGGCUCAGUUCUCGCGAGAACGCGGCCUUGCCUCGCGGCCUUGCUUCGCUUCCGGAAUCCUCAGCGUCAAGUCGAACACUGCCUGGCGCUCCGCUGCCGGUCCCGCCGCCGUUGCCACCGCUCUCGCCGCGGUUUCCCGGUUCGGAAGAUGGCGGCUCCCGAGCAGCCGCUGCCGAAGUCGAGAGGGUGCCAGGGUUCCCCCUCGCUGCCCUCGCCGCUGGGCGACCGAACCCUUCUGGUGCGGCACCUCCCCGCCGAGCUGAGCGCCGAGGAGAAGGAGGACUUGCUGAAGUACUUCGGGGCGCACUCGGUCCGCGUCCUGUCCGACAAGGGGCGACUGUGAUUUUUAUCGCAUCAUCAAACCCUCAUCUUUUUUAUUCUCUCAUUUUUCUUUUUGAAGGCACUGACAAGACUCCAUCAACUGAAACUUUUAGGUCAUACUUUAGUUGUUGAAUUUGCGAAAGAGCAAGAUCAAGUUCACUCUCUAUCGCCAUCAAACACGGAAAAAAAGAAAAGAUCUGAGGAGUCUCUAGAUGAUGAUAAAGAAAAGAAAGAGCAUGAUUGUUUAACAAUAGAAAAUGGAAUUGCGCCAAACCAUGGGCUGACCUUUCCUCUAAAUUCAUGCCUCAAGUAUAUGUAUCCACCACCUUCGAGCACAAUCCUAGCAAACAUAGUGAAUGCAUUAGCAAGUGUGCCUAAGUUCUAUGUACAAGUUCUUCAUCUUAUGAAUAAAAUGAAUUUGCCCACACCUUUUGGACCAAUUACUGCACGGCCUCCAUUGUAUGAAGACUAUAUGCCAUUACAUGCACCUCUUCCACCUGCAUCUCCUCAGCCACCUGAGGAACCUCCUCUGCCAGAUGAGGAUGAGGAGUUAUCUAGUAAAGAAUCAGAAUAUGAAAGCAGUGAUGAGGAGGACCGUCAGAGGAUGAACAAAUUAAUGGAACUAGCAAAUCUUCAGCCCAAAAGACCUAAAGCAAUAAAACAGCGCCAUGUGAGGAAAAGGCGAAAAAUAAAGGAUAUGUUAAGUAAACCUGCAUCUGUGACACACAGGGGCCUGCCAUCAACAUCUAAGAAAGAUUUAGAAAUGGAACAACAUAAUUAUGAUUUACCUGACACUGAAGGUGGUGCAUCUAAUGUAGGGUUUGGGAAAAUCUUUCCAACACCUAAUAUGAACAUCAUUGAGGAGACUAAAGAAGAUUCUGAUGAAAUGCCAUCUGAAUUUAUUUCUAGAAAGGAUUUGAAAAAGGGCAAACUUUCAAGAGAAGAGAUGGAAACACAUUCGCUUUUCAGAAGUUAUGAACCUGGUGAACCCAACUGUAGAAUUUAUGUAAAGAAUUUAGCUAAACAUGUUCAGGAAAAGGAGCUUAAAUUUAUUUUUGGAAGAUAUGUUGACUUUUCAUCAGAAACAGAACGCAUAAUGUUUGAUAUCCGCUUAAUGAAAGAAGGUCGCAUGAAAGGACAGGCUUUUAUUGGACUUCCAAAUGAAAAGGCAGCAGCAAAAGCCUUGAAAGAAGUUAAUGGAUACGUUCUUCUUGGAAAACCAAUGGUGGUUGUAUCCUUUAAACUCAUCUGUUUGAGUCUGCUAUUUUAG